AUGCGUAAGUUGUGUUGGGAUUUCGGCGAUUUCCUCUUACGCUGGAACCACUUGCGGCCAUUGACCAACUUUCGAAAAGUCGUGGAUUUACGUGGUCAGAGGGUUUGGAAAAUCCUACACAGUGUAGAGGACAGCAAAAGGUUACAUUUAACCAGUUCGGACAACGCCGAACAAGAGGUGCAGACAGCGGUGGAGGAGAUGGAGAAAAGACUCUGGAGACAGGCUCAAGCACAAGGUGCACAUCGUCACUCUUCUACUGCUAGUGAGAGGAAGAAGAGUAGACGGCAGAAACGUGCCGAAUGGCUUGCAUCGUUGGAGGGAAAGGAGAAGGCUGGAGAUACUGUUGACGGGAAGCAGCAGGCGAGAACAACAAUAUUUGCAAGUGAAGAUGAUGAAAGUCCUGCGACAUCGUCAAGUUCUAAAGAAGCUUCUUUCUCAUCUUCAACAACUAGAGGAUCACCAGUAAAGCCCUCAUCUGAAGAUCCCGAGACACCUAGGGACAGCAGUGACAGCACCGCCAUCACUCCCUCUACUUCAACACCCAUAGUACAGCAUCACUCCACCACUAUCGAGACUGUCUUAGUGAAUAGCCCCCCCGACGUUGGAUCUUUAGCACGUAGAUUUGGCAUAGUAUUUGAGUCUGAUUCUUGCGAUUUGAACCUAGAAGCCAGUAACUGGAAUUAUCGACCCCUACACAGAGAACAGGUGAGAUGGACCGCGCGACGAGUCCACAAACUGAUUCAUCUAGAGAAAUCCUUGAGGGAAAAGAACUGCUUUGCAUGCAAAGAAUGGAGCCAUAUUGAAAAGUAGGGGUGAGGACUGGAGGAUUUAUUGGAGCCAUACUGAAAAGUAGGGGUGAAGGUGAUUGAAUGGAAGAGGAAGUUGUGUGCUUUUAAAGACGGUAAAUCUGAAAAC